UUUUGUUGUUUUCGAAAGCUCUCUUCGCCUACUAGCUCUCUCUUCCGUUUUCAACUUCUCCGAUUGCAAUGCACACAGUAAAACAAACCGAUGGACAUGGUGCCCAAACCCAUAGUUUUUGAACCAGGCACUGCAGUGGAAGUCAGCAUCAAUAGCAGCGGCUUCCGUGGCUCAUGAUUUUCUGGCACCCUCAUCAGCCGCGUUGACUCCAACAUAUUCCUGGUGCAGCACCAUCAUAACUUGGUGCUGAGAGCAGUUGUCAGUCUUCACCAGCUCCGAUAAUUCCCCGGCGGGGGAGCUAUCGAAAAUUCAAGUCUGGUGACCACCGCAGGCGGUGAGCAAAGCCUUGUGUUUGGACUUGAAGAAGGUGAUGGCGUUUUGGAAGGAGCAGCUCAGGGCAGACCACCAGUGGAUCAAUCACAGUUGGGUUCCCCCAAUCAAAGACCACAAUAAUAGGGACAGGAUCAGUGAGCUGCCGGACUCCAUUCUGCUCCAUAUAUUGAAUUUUAUGAACACAAAAAGUGCUGUUCAAACUUGUGUCUUGUCUAAAAGAUGGAAGGACCUUUGCAAACGACUCAUCAGUCUCGCGUACUGUCCUGAUCCUUAUCUCCUAAAGAAACGCGGGGUUGGAAGGUUUAUGAAAUUUGCAACCUGGGUUUUGUCUAGACGAGACGACGCCUAUUCCCUACUUAAUCUUACUCUUCACCUUUGUUGGACUGAGCCUGAACUCCUAGAUAAGGUCACCAAGUAUGCUCUGCUUCAUGAUGUCCGGCAGUUGACAAUGGAGCUAUAUUCAGGCUUUAGACCUGACCUUGAGUCCCUCCCUUUAAUCUUUUGCUGUCAUUCUUUGACAUCUCUUAAGCUUUGCAUUAAUGGAAUGAACUAUCCCCUCAUAAUACUUCCAAAAUCUCUGCACUUGCCUGCAUUAAAAAGCUUGCAUCUUCAAGGUUUCAAUUUUACUGCAACUGGCAAUGACUCUGCUGAGCCUUUUUCAAACUGCUACGUGUUAAAUACUUUGGUCCUUAGAUUUUGUUCUUUGCAUAAUGAUGCAAGGGUUCUCUGCAUAUCUAAUUCUACCCUUUCCAUUUUGACAAUAUUAGAAGGACAAACUUAUCAAAUUGUGCUUUCUACUCCAAAUCUUAGUUCUUUUACUAUCAGGGGUUCUAGUAGUCUCCAACUCUUCUCUACAUGCAAUCUUUCUUUCCUUGGAGAAGUAAAUAUUGAUGUGUCUUGGGAUGGACAUUGGGCUGAGAAAAGUUCAAUCAUAAGUUCAAACAUCGUAAGAUGGCUGGUAGUGCUUGCCUAUGUAAAGAAAUUGUCAUUUUCUCGGUAUGCCUUUCAAAUAAUACUACAUGAUUUCUCAAAUCCCAUUUCAAUGAGACCUGAACCUCCAAGCUUUGUUAGAUUGGAGUCACUGAAAGUGAUCAAGCUUUUGUCUGCAAACGUAUCUGAUGAGAAAGUAAACACAGUAGUGGAGUACUUGCUUCGGGACUCUCCAAUGGCCAGAGUUGAAAUCUUGGGGGAAUAUUAAAUGAUAUCAUGGUUAAAUCUUUUGGUAGAGAUUUUUAGAGAGUAUCCAGUUUUUGUCUAUUUUCUGCUUACUUUCUGCUUGUCCUACAUUCACUUUUGUUACCGGAAACUAUUUUUCUUUCGUCUUUCUCUACCCUCUGUUGUUCCGAUUCUAACAAGGAUACAAUGUUAAUCAUCUUCAAAUGAUUUGUAUCAACUCCUUGUUAUUUUUAUUACUUUGUUCUAUUA